GAGAUACUCAGAGGUGCUUCAUUUCCCUAAUUGCUAAGCUCUUAAGGAAAAGACAACAUGGUUGUUCAACACAAAGAAUUUGUCAAUGCUGGGAAAAAAACUGGACUUCAAAUAUGGAGAAUUGAGAAAAUGGAUCUUGCUCCAGUUCCGGAUCUCCUUUAUGGAAGUUUCUUUGUGGGUGAUGCAUAUGUUAUUCUCAAUACAAUUGAUAGGGGGCUUUAUAAAAUUUACCAUCUUCACUACUGGCUGGGCAACGAAUGCACCCAGGAUGAGAGCACAGCCGCUGUCAUAUUUACUGUUCAGCUGGACGAAUACCUCGGCGGAAGACCUGUUCAAUACAGAGAACUGCAAGGAUAUGAGAGUACAGCAUUUCUUGGAUAUUUUAAAAAUGGAAUUAAAUACCAGGCAGGCGGCAUUGCUUCUGGAUUUCAGCAUGUGAUAACUAACGACCUCAGUGCACGGAGACUUCUCCAUAUUAAAGGAAGGCGAGUGGUCAGAGCUACAGAGGUGCCACUUAGCUGGUCCAGCUUUAAUACUGGUGACUGCUUUAUCAUUGAUGUUGGUCCUGAAAUUUACCAGUGGUGUGGGUCCAAAAGCAACAAGUAUGAACGUCUGAAGGCAGCUCAGGUCGCAACUUCCAUUCGUAACAACGAGAGGCAAGGAAGGUCUAAUCUGACAGUCGUAGAACAACAGAGUGAGCCUCCAGCCCUACUACAGAUUUUAGGCCCCAUGCCGGUGCUUCCUGAAGGGGAUGACGAUACUGAUGUCGCUGCUGAUGUGACCAACAGGAAAAUGGCAAAACUGUAUAUGGUAUCGGAUGCAAGCGGCUCCAUGCAGACAUCUGUGGUUUCAGAAGAAAAUCCCUUCUCCAUGUCCAUGCUUCUCUCUGAUGAGUGCUUCAUUUUGGACAGUUCUGAUAAGAAGAUCUUUAUUUGGAAAGGAAAAGGGGCCAAUGCUAAUGAGAAAAAGCAUGCAAUAAAAACUGCUGAAGAUUUCAUAAAGAAAAUGAAUUAUCCUGCUACCACACAGAUCAUUGUGUUACCAGAAGGAGCAGAAACGCCAAUAUUUAAACAAUACUUUAAAGACUGGAAGGAUAAAGAGCAGAGCGAGGGAUUUGGGAAAGUCUUCACUACGGAGCAGAUAGCUCACAUCGAACAAAUUCCAUUUGAUGCGACUCAGCUGCACACGUCGACUAAGAUGGCUGCCCAGCACAACAUGUUGGACGAUGGAUCUGGAGAUGUAGAGAUCUGGAGAAUUGAAAAGAAUGGAAAAGUACCGUUGGACCCUGAAAUCUACGGGCAGUUCUACGGCGGAGACUGUUAUAUUAUUAUGUACACGUCUUUGAAAGGUCAAAAAAUUAUUUACACUUGGCAAGGAGCUCAUGCAGCAAAAGAUGAGUUGACAUACUCUGCAUUUCUCACGGUGCAGCUGGAUCGUUCCCUCAAAGCUGGUGCUACUCAAACAAGAGUAUCACAGGGGAAAGAACCUGCACAUUUGCUAAGUGUGUUCAAAGACAAGCCACUCAUUAUAUUCAAAGAUGGCACAUCAAGAAAGGGAGUUCAGGCUCCCACGCGACCCGUGCGCCUUUUUCAAGUACGAAAGAACUUAGGAUCUAUCACCAGAAUAGCUGAGGUCGACGCAGACGCAACAUCUCUGAACGCAAAUGAUGCUUUUGUAUUAAAGAUGAAAGAUAACAGCGCCAUCAUGUGGAUAGGAAAAGGUGCAAACGAAGAUGAAAUAAAGGGAGCUGAAUAUUUAGUCAAAGUUUUAAAGUUCAGAGCCACUAAAGCUGCAGAGGGAGAAGAACCAGAUAUAUUCUGGACUGCCCUUGGAGGCAAAAAGCCAUACCAAACUUCACCUCUGCUUGAAACACGACUUGAGGAUCAUCCACCAAGACUGUUUGGUUGCUCAAAUAAAACAGGGAGGUUUGUGGUUGAAGAGGUUCCAGGGGAAUUUACUCAAGAAGAUCUAGCAGAAGAUGAUGCGAUGAUGCUUGACACUUGGGAACAGAUAUUUUUAUGGAUUGGAAAAGAUGCGAAUGAAGUUGAAAAGAAGGAGUCACUGGUGUCAGCCAAGAAAUAUCUUCAAACUGACCCUUCUGGAAGGGACAAAGACAUCCCUAUUACAACUGUCAAGCAGGGAAAUGAACCCCCAACAUUCACUGGCUGGUUUUUAGCCUGGGAUUCAAAUAAAUGGCAGAAUUAAUAGAGAGAUGUAUUUGGGUCCAGUGCUGUCCUAGGCACCUGGCUUCUGACUGCCUAUGCAACAUUCAUUGAAGAGAAGGGUACCUGUACUCUCCCCUUAAAUCUGAUUCCAGAUUUAGCCAAAACUGGCCAAUGGCAGGCUACAGCGAAUUCUUUAAAACCAAUUUUUCUUGAACAUAUAAUGUUCGUUGGCCACCCCUAAAGCUGCUGCCCUAAGCAUAGGCCCUUGGGUGCCUUAUAUAUAUUAGGGAUGCACCAAAUCCCCUUUCUUAGGAUUCUGUCGAAUCCCGAUUUCUUUUGAAAGAUUCCCGAAUUUCCAAAUUCCGGACCGAAUCUGAACCUUAAUGUGCAUAUGUAAAUUAGGGAAACAAACGGUGAAAUAGAACUGGGUGUGCAGCACAGGGCUACAAUUUUUUUGACUUCUUUGUGUGAUGAAAAGUCAUGUGAUUUUUUGAAAUCAAAUUCAGUUUGGCCGGGCAGUUCG